GGUGUGUUCGUUGUGCGUCCGCGUGCGAGUAAUCUUGUGCGUCACCAAGCCGAAAAGUGUAUCAGCCAUUGCCGGAGCGGAAGCUUCAAAUACCCAAACCAAUACCGAAACCCCCAAGAGAAAACCCUACAGUUGGGUUUCGGUUCCAAAGCGAAACUUGGAUAAACCGUCGAAGUCAACAGCAGUUCCACAGCAACAGCACAACCGAAAAGUACCGGCAGCAAAUUCAACCCUACAUCGAACCAAUUCUUCAGUUCCACUUGCGAAACAACAUGUCGUCGAAGCACAUUUGCCAACAGAUGGACGAUUGGAAGACGUGAGAGCAGAUAUUCUCAACGAUUGGUUGUCAGAAACAGGAGAUACUAACGAGGACUUCUUGGCGGAUAUGCAAGAUUUGGAUGAAAACGUCAACAUCGAUUAUGAACCACCAUACGACGAAGAGGGGCGUUCAACAUCUGUAUCUGAUUCAACAGAUGAUCUGAACUUGAGUACUGUCAGAAAAUCAUCUACCCUCAAAAGGACAUAUGCGCGUGCAAUGCAUCCUGCUUCUCCUUCACGUGCCGGAACAUCGUCACCAACACCAGCAGCCGAAAACAACGCUCAUUCAGUUUGUGUAUGCGGGCAGCAACCUAAGAUCGACCAACUUAAGCAGCAGAAUGAUAAGUUGGUUACGGAAAAUAAGAAAUUGAAAUGUUCAAAUGAAAAAAUGACAAACCGAUGCCUGACCCUAACGGAUGCACUGUACGCAAAAGUAUUGGGCAAACCGCACGAUGAAAAUUUCACUGAGGUGGACGGAUAUCCUUAUAAAAUUAAGCUGAAGAAAUUUUCUGAAGUUGCCGGUAGUCGGGAUUACAUUUUUGUCAAACUACUGCUGUUGGACAUCUUCCCGGACGGUCUGAAAAAUAAGACUCUCACAGGUCGUGUAACCAACAACCCGAAUGGACGAAAAGGAGGCGAACGGGUUCAUGUUGACGAGUCAACAGAAAAAGAUCGUCUCGAACCUGCAAAAGUUAAAUAUAUCGAAGAGCGUUUCGUUGAGCACCGCUGCUACCAAGGCGAUACGGCGGCUGUGGCUGGCGUGAAAAUUAGACAGUGCCGCGAACUGAUCGCAUGAGUUCUCGUCUACUACGGAAAGAAAUGACUCGAUGCAUACAUGUUUUGUUUUUGAAUUACAAAGAAAAUUUCAAGUUUGUUUUAAAAGGUUUAAAAACUCGGAAGUUAAUGGGUUGAUACCAAUGUUUUCUUUUAUGUGAAUAGUAUCUCUAUUGGUGUGGGAUACUCCAAAGGAUAUAUAUAUAUAUAAUAUAUAUUAAUAUAUAUUAAAAAUAAACUGUUCUGAACAUAAUUAUUUUGCUUUUUUUGUCUGCACAAACGAGAAAUUCAGUAUUAUGAAUGAAAUCAUACUUUGUUAGAAUUUUGAUCUAAAAUAUCAAAAAGCAUAUAACUCGGUAUGUUAAAAUUAAGAUAUAUACUAUAUAAAACUGUAAUAUAAUUUUGAUAUAUUGUAUCAAAACCGUAUAACGGAGUUUAAUAUGUUUUUGUUAGAAUCAUAACACAUUUUGUUAUGUUUUUGAUAGAAUUCAUAUAAUAUUUAGUUAUAAUUUUUGUUAUUUUAACAACAUCCUGCAUCUAAAUUAUAACAAAAUAUGUUAGAUAAAGUCGGUAUAACAUACUAACAUAUUUUGUUAUAAUUUAGUUAUGUUCCUCUAGUCGGGAAAAUUCGCUACUCCUUUUGUGCGGAACUGCUCGCAGUCGCAGUCAGGCCGGAUCAGGUUCCUCCAGCCGAGCCUCCAGUUGAUUUUAGGUUCGCGAAUUCUGUAAAACAAUUUGCAUCCAUUGAGAUAUACCUAGCACAAAAAAACAAAUUUAAUAGCAAAACUUACCCUUGUUUCAUCCGAGGUUUCAUCCAGACCGCUGCAAGCGCUUCGAACUGUUGACCGAGGCAAGCUUUCCGUUUGUUAUUGACUAUCAGGUCGCGGGCGGAAAUUUUGUUUUGUUUUUUUUUUUUUCAAAUGCAAACUGCAAAGUUCGAUGGCAGUACAGAUACUAACGAAAGCUACUAUUUGGCAAACUGUUGAUUUCAAGUUGCAUACAGUAUAAUGCACAUGUGUAAGUGUGUUGCGCAAAUAAAAUCAUAAACCGUAUGAGAAAAGGUCAUUCUAUAUUGCCACCAUGUCUUCUGAGUUUGUAUCACUAUGUAAUUCGACAAUUUCUGCACAGUAUGACAUAUUGUUAUAGUUUGGUAUGGGUUAAGCAGACGGUUCUUGAUGAUCGAAUGCUUCAAAUUUCAUAGUUUCAACAGAAAAGCACCUGUUCAUGGUACAGUAACAGUAACAUAUAAAGGAGACAUACUGUAUGGAGAUGACCACAAACUGUAUUUGUCUAUGCGGGCUGUUUGAAGUGCAACGGAAUGCGGAAGCACUGUGGUAUGUACACAAAAAAAUUCCGCAACUCUGCCGCUGCGGCAAAACGCAAUGAGCGAGGAUUUUCUGCGGUUAAUUUCAAAACAACUUCACUUCGGUGAACUAGUUU